UCCGGAGGGCACCGGCGUGGUGGGGUGGGGGGGCGGGGGCCGCUGGCCAGGGAGGGGACAGGGCAAGGGAGGCUCCGGCCGGUCCCAGCAUCUUUCAGGGACAGAUGCCGAUCGAGAUUGUGUGCAAAAUCAAAUUUGCAGAGGAGGAUGCGAAACCCAAGGAGAAGGAGGCAGGGGAUGAGCAGAGCCUCCUGGGGGCAGCGCCGGGGGCAGCAGCCCCCCGGGACCUGGCCACCUUCGCCAACAGCAGUACCCUGCAUGGGCUGGCCCGGGCCUGUGGCCCAGGACCCCGCGGACUGCGCCGGACCCUGUGGGCGCUCGCCCUCCUCACCUCGCUGGCUGCUUUUCUGUACCAGGCGGCCGGCCUGGCCCGGGGCUACCUGACCCGGCCUCACCUGGUCUCCGUGGACCCCGCCGUCCCAGCCCCCACGGCCGGCUUCCCGGCGGUCACCCUCUGCAACAUCAACCGCUUCCGCCACUCCGCGCUCAGCGACGCUGACAUCUUCCACCUGGCCAAUCUCACUGGGCUGCCCCCCAAGGACCGGGACGGGCACCGGGCUGCCGGCCUGCGCUACCCGGAGCCCGACAUGGUGGACAUCCUCAACCGCACCGGCCACCAGCUCGCUGACAUGCUCAAGAGCUGCAACUUCAGUGGCCACCGCUGCUCCGCCAGCAACUUCUCCGUGGUCUACACUCGCUACGGGAAGUGCUACACCUUCAAUGCGGACCCGCAGAGCUCGCUGCCCAGCCGUGCGGGGGGCAUGGGUAGUGGCCUGGAGAUCAUGCUGGACAUCCAGCAGGAGGAGUACCUGCCCAUCUGGAGAGAGACAAAUGAGACGUCGUUUGAGGCCGGCAUCCGGGUGCAGAUCCACAGUCAGGAGGAGCCCCCCUACAUCCACCAGCUGGGCUUCGGCGUGUCCCCAGGCUUCCAGACCUUCGUGUCCUGCCAGGAGCAGCGGCUGACCUACCUGCCCCAGCCCUGGGGCAACUGCCGGGCAGAGAACGGGCAACGGGAGCCCGAGCUUCAGGGCUACUCGGCCUACAGCGUGUCUGCCUGCCGGCUGCGCUGUGAGAAGGAGGCCGUGCUGCAGCGUUGCCACUGCCGGAUGGUGCACAUGCCAGGCAACGAGACCAUCUGCCCGCCCAACAUCUACAUUGAGUGUGCGGACCACGCACUGGACUCCUUGGGCGGAGGCUCUGGGGGGCCAUGUUUCUGCCCCACCCCUUGUAACCUGACCCGCUAUGGGAAAGAAAUCUCCAUGGUCAAGAUCCCUAACAGGGGCUCUGCACGCUACCUGGCAAGGAAGUACAACCGCAAUGAGACCUACAUAAGGGAGAACUUCCUGGUCCUGGACAUCUUUUUUGAAGCUCUGACUUCAGAGGCCCUGGAGCAGCGGGCAGCCUAUGGCCUCUCGGCCCUGCUGGGAGACCUCGGUGGGCAGAUGGGCCUGUUCAUCGGGGCCAGCUUCCUCACCCUGCUGGAGAUCCUGGACUAUAUCUAUGAGGUGUCCUGGGAUCGACUCAAGCGGGCCUGGCGGCGCCCCAAGACCCCCCUGCGGACGUCCACUGGGGGCAUCUCCACUCUGGGGCUUCAGGAGCUAAAGGAUCAGAGUCCCUGUCCCAGCCGGGGCCGAGCGGAAGGAGGGGGCGCCAGCGGCCUGCUCCCCAACCACCACCACCCGCACGGGCCCCCGGGGGGCCUCUUUGAGGACUUCGCCUGCUAGGACGGUGCUACAUCCGAGAGGCCCUCCCUGGACCCCCCAAGUCUCCCCCUACUCCAGCUCUCAGGAUCCCCUGCACGGGGAGCCCCUUCUCACAUUCUUGCACCCAAGCUGGAGUCUG